CCCAAGCAGAGGUGACCUCCAGCAAGGGGAGUCCCUGGACCCUAGGCCUGUAGGGCGAAUCCACGAGUUUUCCUGUGAUCGCCCGGGAGGGUGCAAGCAAGGCUGGAGGCGGGCGCUCAGGGCGCGGCCAGUGGCUCCUGGGGGGCGCACCGGCGGGGCUGGCUGGCCUUUGGCUGCUGUUUCUGCAGACUGCCAGGCGAAUGGCGGGACGGAGGGCUGUGGCCGUGAUCGGGCCCGGGGCGCUGCUGGUUCUGCGCGCUCUGCUGGCCGCCGCACACCCGCAGUGCUUGGACUUCAGGCCGCCCUUCCGGCCGCCGCAGCCGCUGAGCUUCUGCGCGCAGUACUCCGCCUUUGGCUGCUGCACCGCAGAGCAGGACGCGGCGCUGGCCCGGCGCUUCCGGGCCCUGGAGACCCGCAUGGAUGCCGGAAUGUUUUCGACGUGUGCCGGCUACGCGCUAGACCUGUUGUGCCAGGAAUGCUCACCCUAUGCUGCCCAUCUCUAUGACGCUGAGGAUCCGGCCACCCCACUUCGGACAGUGCCUGGCCUGUGUGAGGAUUAUUGCCUGGACAUGUGGCAGACCUGCCGAAGCCUCUUCCGUCACCUCUCCCCUGACCGUGAGCUCUGGGCCCUGGAGAGCAACCGGGCCAAAUUAUGCCGCUACCUGUCUCUGGAUGACACCGACUACUGUUUCCCAAGCCUGCUGGUCAACGAGAACCUCAACUCAAACCUGGGCCGUGUAGUGGCUGAUGCCAAGGGCUGCCUGCAACUGUGUUUGGAGGAGGUGGCCAAUGGGCUUCGAAACCCGGUUGCCAUGGUACACGCCGGGGAUGGCAGUCACCGCUUCUUCGUGGCGGAGCAGGUGGGGCUGGUUUGGACCUACCUGCCUGACCGCUCCCGCCUGGAGAAGCCCUUCCUGAAUGUGAGCCAAGCAGUGCUUACUUCGCCUUGGGAAGGGGACGAACGUGGCUUCCUGGGCCUUGCCUUCCAUCCCCGCUUCCCACAUCCCAACAAACUCUAUGUCUACUAUUCCGUGGGGGUCGGCUUCCGAGAGUGGAUCCGCAUCAGCGAGUUCAGAGUCUCAGAGGGUGACGAGAACACAGUGGAUCAUGGCUCAGAGAGGAUAAUCCUGGAGAUUGAAGAACCAGCUUCCAAUCACAAUGGGGGCCAGCUGCUCUUUGGGGAUGACGGCUUCCUCUACAUCUUUACUGGAGACGGUGGGAUGGCUGGAGACCCCUUUGGGAAGUUUGGAAACGCACAAAACAAGUCGGCGCUGCUGGGCAAGGUGCUGCGCAUCGACGUGGACCGCAAGGAGCGCGGCCUCCUCUACGGCAUCCCUCCCGACAACCCGUUCGUGGACGACCCUGGAGCGCGACCCGAGGUCUAUGCCCUGGGCGUGCGCAACAUGUGGCGCUGCUCCUUCGAUCGCGGAGACCCAGUGUCUGGCACUGACCGUGGGCGCCUGUUCUGCGGGGACGUGGGCCAGAACAAGUACGAGGAGGUGGACCUGGUGGAGCGGGGCCGCAACUACGGCUGGCGCGCUCGCGAGGGCUUCGAGUGCUACGACCGCAAGCUUUGCGCCAACGCCUCCCUCGAUGAUGUGCUGCCGAUUUUCGCCUACCCGCACAAGCUGGGUAAAUCAGUCACGGGAGGCUACGUGUACCGGGGUUGUGAGUACCCCAAUCUCAAUGGCCUCUACAUUUUUGGCGAUUUCAUGAGCGGGCGACUGAUGUCUCUCCGAGAGAACCUGGAGACAGGCCAGUGGAAGUAUAGCGAGGUCUGCAUGGGCCGUGGACAGACCUGUGCUUUCCCAGGUCUCAUCAACAACUACUACCCCUACAUCAUCUCCUUUGCGGAGGAUGAGGCUGGGGAGCUGUACUUCAUGUCCACGGGUGUUCCCAGCACCACAGCUGCACGUGGGGUCAUCUACAAAGUCAUCGAUCCCUCCAGACGGGCGCCUCCAGGAAAAUGUAAGAUCCGCCCUGCUCAGGUGAAGGUGAAGAGUCAUCUCAUCCCCUUUGUGCCCAAGGAAAAGUUCAUCCGGACGCCAGAGAGCACUCCGCGCCCCACAGCCCGUGCUCCCACUAAGGCUCCCCGCCGCAGGCGCCCUACGGCUGCUCCCCCUGCCCCCACCCCGCGACCCACAAAGCCCGCAAGGCCCACCCGGCGACCAGGGGCCCGGAAGGGAGGCGGGCGACGGCGGGGACGUCCGAGUACCGCGGUCCCCGAACCCCAGAACGGCUCGGUGCGUCUGGUACGGCCCGCAGGCCUGAGUCCCGGCCGCGGCCGCGUGGAAGUGUUCAUAGGCGGACGCUGGGGCACGGUGUGCGACGACGCCUGGGACACCAAGGCAGCCGCCGUGGUGUGUCGUCAGCUGGGCUUUGCGCACGCGGUGCGAGCCGCCAAGCGCGCGGAGUUUGGCGAGGGCCGCGCGCUCCCGAUCUUGCUGGACGACGUGCGCUGCGCGGGCAGCGAACGCAGCCUGCUGGAGUGCGCGCACGCUGGCGUGGGCACGCACAAUUGCAAGCACGACGAGGACGCUGGCGUCGAGUGCAGUCACCAAGACCCGAACCUGUAGCCUGAUCUCUCCUACCUGGCGGUGCUACUCGGCGAGUGGCCCCUUGGGUUUGCGGGCACGCCGUGCAGCAUGCACGAGCCAGGAUGGAGGGUUCAUCUGCACGUGACCUCGUGUGUGUGUGUGUGUGUGUGUGUGUGUGUGUGCUCGUGCGCGCGCGCGAGCGCGUUGGAUGAGAUCGCGUAUCUGUCAGCACUUCGGAGAGCAGCCACUGUUCAGGAACAGCACUGGGUAAGGAAGGGAAGCUGGAUGCCUUUACAAUGUCUGACUGAGGGAAGGGACCAGCGUUUCUCUGCCAGCGCUGAGUGACUGCAACCAGAACAGCAGGAUGGUGGCCUGAGAAACAUGGCUAAAAUGUGGGCAGCUGACCCAGUAGUCCAAGGCACCGCAGAAACAAAUGGGCAGUCUGAGAGCCACAGAGAAGGAUCUCAAAGGGGGGGGCGGGGCCUGUAGUCAUUCGCUGCCCACCAGGGACCAGGCUGCCAAAAGGAACCAAGCACCGAUGAUGGAAGGCAGACUAGAGGGCCUGGAGGACCUUUGAAACUAUUUGCUGAGUCCUGCAGGCACCCCAGGGAGGCUAAGUCCCCUCCAUCCCUGAAGGCUGAACCUCACCUAUUCCUGGGCCAGAAUGGGGUCGGGGCUCUACUUUCACCCUCGACCGUUUCUGUGCCUUCCCAGGGGAUCCUCAGAUUCCUCAGCCUCAUGGGCUAAGUAGCCUGUGGGGCCACCAAGACUACUCACUAGAGCUGUGUCAACAAUUUGACUAUUCAUAACCCUUCCUUCUUUUCUCUUAUCGCCCCCCACACACCUGGAGGCUGGGGUGCAAGGCAAGGGGUAGAGUAAAGAGGGUGGGGCCUGCGACUUCUGUCCUCUACAGUAAGAGAGUUCCUUGUAUGUGAAGGGCCUCGCUGGUGGCUUUGUGCCUUGUCCCUGGACCGAGCUCUGGAUAGCUGUACUUAGCAUCAGAUAGGGAUAGGGAAACAACCGAGUCACAGGCAGGGAAGACAGGGUACAGCCCAUGUUAUGCAGUGUGGCCAGGGCUCUGGGCAAGGCUUCUGGUCCUAGCUUUGCCGGAAAAAGUCACUCCUGCACUGAGUUUCCAAUCUGAACAGGCCUGCAGGGUGGUCCAGGCAGGGCAACUGGUACAGGCUCAGGCUCCUGGUCAUCACAGCCGAGUGGAGCGUUGUUGUACAGGGUCUCCCUGGUUGCUCUGCAACUUUGGAGCCAGUUGUUCUCUGAAAAAAAAAAUGUUGGUUUUUUUUGUUUGUUUGUUUUUUGUUUUUUGUUUUUUCGA